AUGAAAAUCGAAGAAGUAAAGAGCACUGUGCGCACCCAACGCAUCGCGGCGCACAGCCACGUGAAAGGACUCGGUCUGGACGAGACCGGGGCAGCCAUACAGAGCGCCGCUGGCCUGGUUGGCCAGAAGGCAGCCCGCGAGGCUGCCGGCAUCGUGGUUGAUCUAAUUAAAUCAAAAAAAAUGGCUGGCCGUGCCCUGCUCUUAGCUGGCCCACCCGGCACCGGCAAGACAGCCAUCGCUUUGGCUAUAGCACAGGAGUUGGGUAACAAGGUUCCAUUUUGCCCGAUGGUCGGCUCCGAAGUAUUUAGCAAUGAGAUCAAGAAGACCGAAGUGCUCAUGGAGAAUUUCCGGCGCUCCAUUGGGCUGCGCAUACGCGAGACCAAAGAAGUAUACGAAGGAGAAGUAACCGAGCUGACACCAGUGGAGACUGAGAAUCCUAUGGGUGGUUACGGAAAGACCAUUAGCAACGUGGUUAUUGGUCUCAAAACCGCCAAAGGCACCAAGCAGCUGAAGCUCGACCCAAGCAUUUUCGAUGCACUGCAAAAGGAGAAGGUCGAGGUGGGCGAUGUCAUCUACAUUGAAGCCAACAGUGGCGCCGUAAAGCGUCAGGGACGCAGCGACACCUUUGCCACAGAGUUCGAUUUGGAGACGGAGGAGUAUGUGCCACUGCCCAAGGGCGAUGUGCACAAGAAGAAGGAAGUUAUACAGGAUGUCACUCUCCAUGAUCUAGAUGUAGCCAAUGCACGCCCCCAGGGCGGCCAAGAUGUGCUCUCCAUGAUGGGCCAGCUGAUGAAGCCCAAGAAAACCGAAAUCACAGACAAGCUGCGCAUGGAGAUUAACAAAGUGGUCAACAAAUACAUUGAUCAGGGCAUUGCUGAGCUAGUGCCUGGCGUCCUGUUCAUUGAUGAGAUACACAUGCUCGAUCUGGAGACCUUCACCUAUCUGCACAAAUCUCUGGAGUCGCCCAUUGCGCCCAUUGUCAUAUUUGCCACCAAUCGAGGACGCUGCGUUAUUCGUGGCACAACCGAUAUAGUCUCACCGCACGGUAUUCCCUUGGAUCUGCUCGAUCGCUUGCUCAUUAUACGCACGCUUCUGUAUUCCACCUCGGACAUGGAGCAGAUAAUCAAAUUGCGUGCCCAGACCGAAGGCCUCCAGCUGGAGGAGAAUGCGUUUUCGCGUCUCAGCGAGAUUGGCACAAGCUCAACUCUACGCUAUGCCGUGCAGCUACUGACACCGGCUCACCAGAUGUGCAAGGUAAAUGGGCGCAAUCAGAUAUCUAAGGAGGAUAUUGAAGACGUGCACUCGCUGUUCUUGGAUGCAAAACGCUCCUCGAAGCAUCUGUCUGAAAAGAACAACAAGUUUAUGUUGUAAGUUGACUUCUCUCGUGUAAAAUACAAUUCCAUAUGCUCCAUUCUACUAAUAAAACUGCAA